AUGCUGGCUGUAUACCUGCUGUCCAGCAGCUGCUCUCAAACUGCUGCCAAAGACCUACAACGCCACAGGCUGGUUGAUACCGUUCGCAAUUACUUCCGCGCAUCUGAGGCAGAUGCACCGCGGAUAUUUUCACCUAUUAUUGUAUUGGAGGGCCUUGGGCGUUUGUUUCAUCGCCGGCUACUAGCCAGCGAAAAGGACCUCGAAAGUUACGAGCGAUUCGGCGUGGAAGACCAUGUGCAUGAUGUGAUUGCGGAGCUGUGUGAAAUCCCAAAUGCUCGAAGCGAAUUCUCGCUGGGAGAUGGGAUUCAGUUCGAAAAUCACGCCAAUACCUUGGAUAAGCUUGAUUCAGAUAUAUCAGGUGCAACGCAUGGGACGCUUCGCCAGCCCAGUCCCGAUCAGUUCUGCGUCCGUCGCCUGGAUGAUAGCACUAACACUCUGAUCACCACAGGGGAGUUUAAGCCUCCCCACAAGCUCCCAGUGGAAUAUAUUCGGGUAGGGCUCCGCCCAAUGGAAUUCUGGGAGGAGGUCGUUCAAAGGGAAACAGUUCCAACUGACCCCGCUCAGAAAUUGAAAUAUAAUGCUGAACAGUUAACUGGAGCAGAUUUGGCCCAAGAAUAUCAUGUGAUGAUCCAUGAAGGCCUCGAGUAUUCCUAUAUAAUAAAUGGUUUCGCCCUUAUCCUUCUUCAUGUGCGCCAUGAUGAUCCCGCGACGCUUUACUUCUAUCUCUGCGAACCCAAUAUGGAAGUCAAUACUGGAGAUGAGCAGGCUUUGCAGGAGCCGAAGACAGCUAUCGUUCGGGUUUUUGCGCAACGAUGCAAUUCAGCAGCUGCACGUGUGGGAAAUAGAUUUCGACUAGAGCUCAAAUCCCGGAGGAGGAGCUUAAGGAAACCCCUCCCAGGCUCAGAAUAUUUUCCAUCUUCCCCUUUGACGUCUCCAGCAACGGGAGACCGGCGAGCUCGUACGCGGUCCCAGGCAGGCUGUGCACCUGAGGCAACCGCAUACGACUCAGAACCCACUGAUUCAUCGGACACCGACUUGAACCAAGCACCACCCAGACGCAAGCGGAACCUCAGGCAGAUCACAUCAUCCCCGUCCAUACAGCAACCGCCACGGUCAAGACGCACCCACCGUAAGCAACAGAACCACCAUGCAGAGCAAUUUUGCACACAAAAGUGUCUACUCAGCCUUAAACAUAGCCGCAUGCUAGAUGGCCAGUGCCCUAAUGUGGAGCUUCACCGACGAGGCCGAGAGGGCAAGCAUCAUCUUAUUACUGCAGAUUGCCUGGUACAGCUGCUCAAGGAACAGCUGGAUGAAAAUCUUGAUCACAAAUGCACACCAUUUGGAGACUGUGGUGCAUUUGGAGCACCGUUCAAAAUCACCUGCGCUACAUAUGGCUAUACAGUGGUUGGAAAGGGGACGACGUCCCUCCUCUGGAAUGAGGUCUCUCGCGAAGCAGAUGUAUACCGCAUCCUCCAAAAGGCUCAGGGGUCUGCAGUCCCUGUGUUUCUUGGAGCGGUCGAUCUGAGAAUGGUCUACUUUCUACAUCGGGGCGGACAGAUACGCCACAUGCUGCUCAUGGCCUGGGGUGGUAAGGAUACAACUAAGCACGAGCACUCCGAGGCGUUGACUCGCAAGAUCAGGAGGUCUAACAGAGAUAUUCGAGCUUCGGGAGUUAUACAUAAGGACUUUCGUCAUGGAAACGUUUUGUGGAAUGAUGAGCUACAACGGGCCCUAAUCAUUGACUUUCACCGCUCGGAGUUGGAGCGUCGACCGAUAGAGAAGCGAGUGGAACUACGAAAGAGGUCACCAUACAAAGUCGAUCUCCUGGCCCUUUGGAUUGAAGAAGUUUCGAACUUUUAA